CUGCUCCGCCGCACGCUUUCGCUUUCGCUCCCCGCUCCGCCCGCAGCUCCCCGCCUCGGACUCCGCUGCAGCUCCGAGCGCUGAGGAUCCGUCCUGAGCCGCCUCAUGGGGAUCGUCCAGAGUUACGUUUCAGGUUUCCUCAGAGGGAAGUUCGCUUUAGGGUCAAGCAUGGUAAUGGAUGAGGUCAAUUUGAUGAUGCCCAUCAGUAAAGAUGCCUAUGAAGCUCUUAAGAGAAGAGAAAACUGUCUAAAUAAUCUCAUUUCCAAAAAGUUUGCUUGUACCUUGGCCUUCAGAAAAGCAACAAAAAGCACUGCUGAAGUAUACAGGAAAGAAGUAAAGUCGGGCAUUGACGUUUGUGUUUAUAAGGAUGAUCUCACAAGACACGAGGUCGAUGCUAUUGUGAAUGCAGCCAAUGAGAGCCUUGAGCAUGGAGGAGGUCUUGCUUUUGCCCUUGUAAAAACUGGAGGGCCAGAAAUAACAGAGCAAAGCAAUCGUUAUAUUCAAAUGUAUGGAAAAGUCAAAGUUGGUGAUAUAGCAGUGACAGGUGGAGGGAAGCUUCCUUGUAAGGAAAUUAUUCAUGCAGUUGGUCCAAGGUGGAAUCCUCAUGAAAAAGAAAGAUGUUGUUACCUACUUGAGGCAGCUAUUUCAAAUGUUCUGCAUUAUGUCAGUGCUCCAGGAAAUGCUUUAAAGUCUGUGGCUAUCCCAGCAGUGAGUUCAGGUAUCUAUGGCUUCCCAGUUGAUUUGUGUUCUCAAGUGAUUGUAAUGGCUGUAAAGCAAUUUGUUGAGGCAAGCCCACCAACGUGUCUCAGGGAAAUCCGCCUGGUGAACAUUGAUGAGUCUACAGUUUCAGAAAUAAAGAAGGCUUGUGAAAAGUUUCUGGGUGAUACCAGUUCUCUUGAAGACACUGUGCCAGCUUCCCCAAACCAGUCUCCAACUCACCUCAAAUAUGGAAGCAUUCGCUUGCGCGUCAUAAAACAACACCCUGAAAAUCUGAAGAAUACAGCUAUUGUUAACCCCCUGAAUGCAAAGGGUGAGCCUUACUCUCAAUCUUCAGGAAAACUGCUGAAAAAAGAGGGUCCAACUUUUCAGAAGGAACUUCAGGAUCGUCUUAGAUAUGCAACACGUUUUAGGGAGCUCAUAGUAACCAAAAGGCAGCCCUCUACAUUUGUACUGCACGUGGCACUGCAAUGGAAGCAUCCGGUGUUACUGUGUGAGGAAUUGAAGGAUGUGGUGAAAAGAUGCCUGGGUUACUUUCAAGACCGCUCACCUCCCUCAGUUUCUUUUCCAGUUAAUUGGUCACCAGUGCUGCCUGUUGACAUAGUGGCUGAGACCAUGAUUGAAGCAGUUUUAAAUUUUGCCAGGGCACAUCCUACAAAGAACAGAGAAGUGCAGUUUGUCAUUUGCCCAGAUGACCUUGAUACCUAUGAGGUUUUCAAGAGAAAAUUUUUUUCAGCAGAAUGCAAACUGGAAAACAAAGGAGAUCCUUUGAGUACAGAGUCAGCCAGUCAGACUGCAAAAGAAACUGCAAGCAGUGAACCCAUGAUUGAACUUAGAGGGAGCACACCCACAGCUCUGGGAGCAGCAGAAUCAUGGCUCCAAAAUGUAAUGCAAAUUCAGGAAAGUCACAGUGCUGUGAUUGAAAACAACUACAUUUUUUGCCUUGGUAAAGAGGAGUUUGCAGAACUCUCUCAGGAGCAGUCUUCUAGUGUAUGUGUGUCAGAAGAAGUGAGAAAUGGACGAGCAAGACUGAAAUUUCAGGGCCCUCCUGAUGUUUUGAUUGAUGCAGUGCUUGCAACUGAAGAAUUACUGCUUCGUGUGCAAGAGAAGACGAUAGCUGAACAAGAGAAACUGCUCUACUCAAUGUGCCAACUAGAAGCAGGACAGCUUUCAGAAGGAGACUUUCACAAGAAAAGUACCGCUGACUACAUCCCGAUUUCACCAGUAGAAUGUCACCUCCAGGAGUUUAAAGACAGACAGAAAGAGUUUGAAAAAGCUGGACUUCGUGUUCUCAGGAUUGAAAAGAUACACAAUCCACUUCUAUCUGUUGCAUUCCAACAAAUGAGGAAAAAUGUAGAUGGUACCUCCAAAACAACUCACAGGUUGUACCAGGAUGUUCCUGCCAAUUUCUGUUACUCAGUUUGCCAAACUGGAUUUCACAGGAUGUAUUCUCCACCAAAAGAACAAAAAUAUGGAGCUGGCAUCUACUUUACAAGGAACCUGAGGUACCUGACCAAGGGUAAAGCUACUUGGGGAAAAGAUUCUAAACUGUACGUGUUUGAGGCUGAGGUAGUAACUGGCUCAUACACUACAGGCCGGCCAUCGUGCAUUCUGCCACCGCCACUGGAGGGCAGUGCUCUGCCAUUAUAUGACAGUUUAGUAGAUAGUUUGCGCAGUCCUGAGAUCUUUGUCAUUUUCAAUGGUUUUGCAGCCCUUCCUCAGUAUUUGCUGACUUGUUCCCCAGUAACUGAGAGGUAUGUAGCUCCUGGAGGAAAGAAGUAGGAUCCUCAGUGGGAAUCAAGCAGAACUGUAGCUAAGGUGAAGCUCUGAGAACAAAAUCUAGAGGUUAGAUUUAAGAUAAUGCUCUGCUUGGUAGUGUGCUGUGGUCAGAGUGCUUCCUGAAAAGUACUCUGAAAUAUUUGUGAACAAAAGAGUAAGUUAAUACCUUAGGGAGAUUAGGACAAAAUUGCCUGUGAAUGGAAGGAGAACAGAAAGCAUCCCAAAAUACAUAACAUUUAACAUACCUGGUCAUUUACUUUAUUCCUUAAGGUCAACUCAGCUUGUGACUAUACACUUGAUGUUUGUAUAGGCUGUCAUUCUUCCACUGCAUUUUCUUAAUCUGAGAUAUUGCGUAUGUCAGGGAAACACAAGAAAUCUUGGUUGUGCCUUUUGAUCCUUAAGUUUUCUUUUGACUUAAGAAAGGAGAAUGUAGCAGACAAGAGCUGUUUUCUGCUUAGGGACAUGCAUAUACAGUUACAACAAACACUAGGCAAUACUUAAUAAUUUCUUACAGUGGUUGCUGUACAGUUUUUAUUAGUUACUUCAAGCAUUGUAGAUACAUAUAUUCAAAAUAAAAAGUAUGAAUGUCA